AUGGCAGCAGAACAGAAACUCAAGGUUGCCGUUGUUCAAGCUAGUACACCGCUGUAUGACUUAGCCAAGACCCUCGAGAAGCUCGAAAAAUACGUGACCGAAGCCUCGGAGAAGCAGGUCGACCUUGUGGUAUUCCCAGAGGCCUUUAUUGGAGGCUAUCCAAAGUAUACUACUUUCGGUAUGCAUAUUGGUGAGCGUACGCCCGCAGGACGAGACGAGUACUUACGAUACCACAGCAACGCAAUUGAGGUUCCUGGACCUGUUACCGACCUUUUGGGCUCGCUGGCAAACAAGGCUAACUUGUACAUUGUGAUCGGAGUCAUUGAAAAGGAAGCUACCACAGGCACACUCUUUUGUACCGCCCUUCACAUCGAUCCCGAGUUGGGCCUUGUGGCGAAACACCGCAAGAUCAUGCCCACCGCUCAAGAGCGAACUGUGUGGGGCCAAGGCGACGGCUCAACCCUUCCUGUUGUUACGUAUAAACGAUCUCCCACUCUUUCGGCACGUGUGUCGAGUACUAUCUGCUGGGAAAACUAUGUGCCUAUGCUGCGCCAACAUUAUUACAAUCAGGGUGUCCAAAUUUACUGUGCGCCUACCGUCGACACUCGAGAGGUUUGGGCUUCUACCAUGACGCACGUUGCUUUGGAAGGACGCUGCUUUGUCCUCUCUGCCAAUCCGUUCAUGCUGUUCAAGGACUAUUCUGAGGGUUACUCAUUGCCUGCCAACAGCGAUCCUGAAGGUGUCUCCAUGGCCGGUGGUAGCAUGAUUGUUUCGCCCCUCGGUGAAGUAUUGGCUGGACCUUUGCGCGAGAAGGAAGGAUUGCUCACUGCCGAUAUUGAUCUGAACGAUAUCAUCCGGGCUAAAUUGGAUUUGGACAACGGUCUUACGGGCCACUAUAACCGUCAAGACAUCUUCAAACUGCUUGUCAAUGAGAAGGGUUUCCAGGGUUAA